AGCCAAAUUUACACAACACAGAAGUAAAAAAAACGCAAAUCAACGUUUUCAUCAGUUUAAUCAUAAAAAUGAGAAUGCGUAGUGCUAAAUCAGCCAUUCUGAUCCUCUUAGUAGCAAUGGUCAUCAUAUCUUGUGUCACUGCCAUGGACAUGUCCGUCGUGUCCUACGACGAUAAUCACCACGUGACCGCGGGUCCUGGUCGUCGCCAGAGCAUCUUCGACGGUGAGGCUGAGCUGAUCUUCGAUUCAUGGAUCGUCAAACAUGCGAAAGCAUACAAUUCCGUUGCUGAGAAGGAACGGCGUUUAACGAUUUUCAAGGACAACCUACGUUUCAUUACUAACCGAAACGCUGAGAAUCUUAGUUAUCGGCUUGGUUUGACCCGGUUUGCUGAUUUAUCUCUACGUGAGUACAAAGAAGUUUGUCACGGAGCUGAUCCAGGACCACCCAAGAACCACUUUAUCAUGACUAGCAGCGACCGAUACAAGACUAGUGUUGGUGAUGUUCUGCCCAAGUCCGUUGACUGGAGGAAAAAAGGCGCAGUGACUGAAAUCAAAUAUCAAGGCGAUUGCAGAAGUUGUUGGGCUUUCUCGACUGUGGGGGCAGUGGAAAGCUUGAACAAGAUCGUUACAGGAGAGUUAGUUACUUUGUCCGAGCAGGAUUUGAUCAAUUGCAACAAAGAAAAUAAUGGUUGCGGAGGAGGAAAAGUCGAAACUGCCUAUGAGUUCAUAGUUGAAAAUGGGGGUCUUCGUACCAACAGCGAUUAUCCUUACAAGGCUGUUAAUGGAGUCUGUGACGCCAGCCUUAAGGCAAACAACAAGAAUGUUAUGAUUGAUGGGUAUGAGAAUUUGCUUGCAAACGACGAACAUGCUCUUAGGAAAGCGGUUGCUCACCAGCCUGUAACUGCAGUUAUCGAUUCCAGCAGCCGGGAGUUUCAGCUUUACGAGUCGGGAGUUUUUGAUGGAACGUGCGGAACAAACCUAAACCAUGGAGUUGUUGUAGUCGGGUAUGGGACAGAGAAAGGACGUGACUAUUGGAUCGUGAGAAACUCGUGGGGCAACACUUGGGGAGAGGCUGGCUACAUGAAGAUGGCUCGCAACACUGCUGAUCCUAGAGGCUUCUGUGGUAUUGCGAUGCGAGCUUCAUACCCUCUAAGGAACUCGUUUUCUACCGAUAUAAGGUCUAUGGCCUAAUAAGAUGAACUAAAUGGAAGGGAUCGAGUUGGAAAACAACUUAUUCGACUUUGAAAGAAAAAUAAUGUAGUCGAUGGGUUUGGCUUUGUAAUAUAUUUCCAACAUGUUUGGGAAUGUUCGAGUUUGUAUAAUAUGCAUUUAUGGAUAUUUCGUUUGGUUCUA